GGCUGAGCUUUGGAGAGCAGUGGCAUUAGCGUAUCCUGGUAAAACUUCGUAGAUGCUGCGUUUGCUUCCCCGUGGGAUAAAUGCAAUACCUUUCUCUGAGUCUGCGCAACGCAGCCGGGCAAUUUUUACGAAGUUUUCUGCAUUCGGGUCUUCGUACAAAGAAAAAAAAAAACGACUCGAUUUCCGUCGCCAAACUGACAGGGUGCCGAUGAAACAGGAGGCUGAACCGGACAGGUGAGGAGAGAGACCGAGACGAGACACAAUGUCAGCGUUUCACCAAGGCAGCAGCAGCAUGCUCCGAGCCAAGCAGCUGUACAAGAAGAGGAAGUCUCGCUUCUCGUACAGCGAGAUCAAGGUGCUGCUGGAGGAAGUGCAUAGGAACAGGCACAUCGUUGUAGGCAAGUUCAACCACGGCGUGCCGUCGAAUCUGAAGAAACGCACGUGGGCCGACAUCACGGCCCGGAUCAACAGGGUGAGCCAGUGCCCCCGGGAGAUCAUCGAAGUCAUCAAGAAGUGGUCGGACAUGAAGUGCGACGUCAAGCGGCGGAUGGCAGCGAGGUGCGCGGGGGGCGGAGAGGGGCCGGAGGAGCUCACCCCAGUGGAGACCAUCAUCCACCAGAUCCUGCAGCUCACCUGCACACGGCAACACCACCCGCCCCAGCAUCGAACCUCCUCCCUGGGCAGCGGCCUCGGCGCCAUGGACAGAGAGGGGGAGACGGCAAGCACCGCUUCAGUCAGUCUUCCUGCCGGCGUAGCUGUGCCCGAGAGUUUUGUCACAAGUCUGACUGAGACGCCACUGCCUCUGCUCUCUUCUGCACAGGACCCAGCCCCAACUGCCAUGUACUGCAUUGCAUCGCGGCAAGAAUCCACAGCAUCCCCUUAUGAGCUACAGUAUGACAUCCAGACUAUCGAUGAUGAGGAUGUGAAGUCGAUCGAUUCAGCAGGAGAAGAGAUCAGAGCCGGGGUAUCCAGAACCCCCCUGCCUUCAUCCUCCGCUCCCCCUGCUGAGGAAGGCACCCCUCUCCUAGGGGGCUCACACAGAAGGGGAGCCCCCUGCCCCAGCCUGGCCCCCCGGGGCGGUGUGAGCAUGCGCGAGGAGAUCGUGCUCAACGCGGCCCAGAGCGUGCAGGAGCAGCGUGCCUCCAACGAGCUCCUGCGGUCCGUGUCGCGCUCCAUGGAACUGCUCUCCGAGUCGCUGCAGCAGGCAGUGGAGACGCAGCAGGACUUCGUGCGUGACUCCCUGGCCCUGCAGAGGGAAUCUCUGCAGGUGCUGAGGGACUUUGCCAGCGCCGCCCUCACGACCUUGCAGGAGAAGCUGAACGGACACCCGGCCCCGCGGCGCUGACACACGCUGCCCGCCACGACCCGCCAGCUGAACUGCACUGCAGGGGCUGCAAACCCAGCGCUAGCCCUGCUGCUGCCCCAAGUCCUGGGGUUCAGAGCUCCCCUGAAUGAAGUCUGUUAUUAUUAAUAUUGAAAUGAUCAGGAGCCAGGAGUUUGAGCAGGCUUAGAAACUCACUCGCCCUGCUGCUGCUGCACCCAGUCCUGGGAUUCAGAGCUCCCCUCAAUGAAGUCUAUUAUUAUUAAUAUUGAAAUGAUCAGGAGACAGGAAUUUGAGCAGGGUUAGAAACUCACACUAGCCCUGCUGCUGCUGCUGCACCCAGUCCUGGGGUUCAGAGCUCCCCUCAAUGAAGUCUAUUAUUAUUAUUAAUAUUGAAAUGAUCAGUAGCCAGGAGUUUGAGCAGGGUUAGAAACUCACUCGCCCUGCUGCUGCUGCACCCAGUCCUGGGAUUCAGAGCUCCCCUCAAUGAAGUCUAUUAUUAUUAAUAUUGAAAUGAUCAGGAGACAGGAAUUUGAGCAGGGUUAGAAACUCACACUAGCCCUGCUGCUGCUGCUGCACCCAGUCCUGGGGUUCAGAGCUCCCCUCAAUGAAGUCUAUUAUUAUUAUUAAUAUUGAAAUGAUCAGUAGCCAGGAGUUUGAGCAGGGUUAAAAACUCACACUAGCCCUGCUGCUGCCCCCAGUCCUGGGGUUCAGAGCUCCCCUCAAUGAAGUCUAUUAUUAUUAUUAAUAUUGAAAUGAUCAGGAGCCGGGAGUUUGAGCAGGGUUAGAAACUCACACUAGCCCUGCUGCUGCUGCUGCACCCAGUCCUGGGGUUCAGAGCUCCCCUCAAUGAAGUCUAUUAUUAUUAUUAAUAUUGAAAUGAUCAGGAGCCAGGAGUUUGAGCAGGGUUAGAAACUCACACUUCCUUUCUCUUGUUCGCUCCACGGUCGUGAUCGCUGACCCUCUUUUAAAGGAGUGCUGACCGAGGCUUUCAGAUGCAUUUUCUUAUUCGUAAAGUGUUGCCACCAAUCUGCUGUAGUGAAGGGACCCAGGAAUCUUCAGUGCCCCCCCCCCCCCCUCCCCUUUAAAGGAACGCUAACCCGCGGCUGUUGUCAGAUCCGUGUUCUUAACUGUCGCUAGCACUCCAUGCAUUAUCACUGGCUCCCCUUUUAAGAAGUAUAAACUAAAGCUUUCACAUAUAUUUUGGCCAGGACGGUAUUUUUUUUUUUUUGAAAGACUGGAAAAUGUAAAGUAACUUUAUAUUUCUGCUGUUUCUAAAACGAUGUGACUGUUUGAAUCUUGAUUUUUAUUUAUUUAUUUAUUUAUUUUGCAGGAUUCUGUAUACUGUAUACACCGAUACACAGUGCUCACCCGUUAUAACGUGCCCCGUUAUCAUGCGGAAUCGGUUACAACACGGUAGGCUCGUGGCUCCCAUUUGCUCCAUAAUGCCAUUACACUAGCCCUUUAAUAAUCGUUAUGAGGCAGAACACAAAUAGCACGGUCUUGUAACUAUGGCUCCCUACUAUAGCGUUAUAAAGGGUGAGCACUAUAUAUAUUUAUAUUUAUUACCCACACAAAGUAAUUUAUUUGACAUUUCUUAAAUAGUAAUAAAAUGUUGCUACAUAAACUUUUUUUGUUACAUACUAAAUUGAAUUCAUAUUUUCCGCUGUCUAUCUCUAUGUCUAGAGCUGUGAAAAUCCACGUUUGGUGUUCAGGUGAAUUUAAGAGCAGCUCUUUGGUUCUGUUUUCUGCUAUGGCUGGAUCAUCCAAUGUCUUUACUGCAGUAAGGGCCAGCACCAUCUAGUUUGGGUUUACCUGGCUAUACACAUCCAUACAGCAGAGGAUGCUGCACUUACUAACAAAAAGACACUUUGGGUCAUCUCGUCUACAGUACUACAGUACAAUGCUUUUUUGUUCCAAGGUCGGUAAAGUGACUCUGCACUUUUAAGAGACAGGUAGGUAUCACCUGUAACUCAAUCUGUGUUCUAAAUAAAUGAUGCCUUUGUCAACAGCUCA